AUGACAGAGCCUGACGUCAACCCCACUACUAGCCGAGGAUUUUUUUUAAUCCUCUCCAACGCGGGGAGGCGUCGGAGGCGGGUCCUGCCAGCCCGGCUGCCGGGUGGAAGGGACGCGCGCGUAGCGGGCGCCAUGGAUCGUUUCGCCUGGACCAGCGGCCUCCUGGAGAUCCACGAGAGCCUCGUCACGCAGCAGCGCGGCGUCCGCCUCUACGAUGGCGAGGAGAAGGUGAAGUUUGAUACGGGGGUAUUGCUCCUGAGUACUCACAGAUUGAUCUGGAGAGAUCAGAAAAAUCAUGAAUGCUGCAUGGCCAUCCCUCUUUCCCAAAUUAUCUUCAUUGAAGAACAAGCAGCUGGGAUAGGGAAAAGUGCCAAAAUAGUGGUUCACCUUCAUCCUGUACCUUCCAACAAGGAACCUGGUCCUUUCCAGAGUAGUAAAUACUCCUAUAUCAAGCUUUCUUUCAAAGAACACGGUCAGAUUGAGUUCUACAGGAGGCUGUCAGAAGAAAUGACUCAGCGGAGAUGGGAAAACCUGUCUGCUUCUCAGACCAUAGAAGUUAAUAAAGGUUCACAGGUAUUUGUGCAGUUUGUCAUGAUUAGACCCCUCCUUUUGCAAACAAGGCAGAUGUUCUUGGACUUGCUAGAUUUCAACACAUAG